UACACCGCUGUGCCCCAGCCCCACCCCACUCGCCUGUCGGCUUCAAAAUUCAAAGCUCAUCCGAAAAAUCCCCUCCGGAUUUAAUUAAAUACAACUAAUUUUAGUAAUAAUCGAAUUAUAAUCAUAGCUGUAAGUUACUGUUCCAUGCAUGAAUCAGCGUACGACAGCAGAUGAAUAAUUUGACGCAAAUCCAACAGAUUUUCCGGAGUGGUGAGAAAAACAGACACUAGGGUUGUCGUGUUCUUGGAGAUCGAUAAUCUUUAUCUUUCCAAACCCAAUUUCUUUCUUUCUUUCUUUCUUUCUUUCUUUCUUUCUUUCUUUCUUUUUGGUUAGUUGUCUCUUUCUGUUUCUAUAUCCACCCCACCCCGUAUGGUUGAUGCAUAUGCAUGUAUAAUGUAUCUAUGUAUCACCGGAGAAAUUUCAACUGACUUUUCCAAUAAAAAUAGAAGAAUUUCUGUGAGGGUUAAAGAAUAAAUCUGGGCUUUACUUGUUCAGAGAUAAGAAUCCUUUUGAGUGGAUAAAGUCGCAGUCUUGCAGAAGUUGUGGGAAGAUUGAAGAUAAAGGAAAGUGCACAUUCGGGGGAGACUGAAAAAGGGAAAGAACAGAAGAUCGCCCGAGAUCGAAUUGCCGGAAAGCGGAAUGGCGACGGCGGCGGAGCCACCGAACGGAAUUUGGGCGCCGGGAAAGCAUUAUUACAGAAUGUGGCAAACAGUGUUUGAAGUGGAUACUAAGUACAUUCCGAUCAAGCCCAUAGGUAGAGGGGCGUACGGGGUUGUCUGUUCGUCGGUGAACAGGGAGAGUAAUGAGAAAGUGGCAAUCAAGAAGAUCAAUGAUGUGUUCUCCAAUAGAACUGAAGCCCUGAGGACUCUAAGGGAGUUGCAGCUUCUUCGUCACAUUAGGCACGAGAAUGUGAUCGCCUUGAAGGAUGUUAUGAUGCCCGUUCAUAGGAGAAGUUUCAAUGAUGUUUAUUUGGUUUACGAGUUGAUGGAUACCGAUCUGAAUCAUAUCAUCAAGUCGUCUCAGCCCCUCUCCAAUGAUCACUGCAAGUAUUUUCUUUUCCAGCUGCUUCGAGGUUUGAACUAUCUCCACUCGGCUAACAUUCUGCACCGGGACUUGAAGCCGGGGAAUCUCCUCGUCAAUGCCAAUUGCGAGCUGAAGAUAUGUGAUUUUGGGCUAGCUAGAACGAGCCGGGAUAAUGGACAGUUCAUGACUGAAUAUGUAGUCACUCGUUGGUAUCGAGCACCAGAGCUACUUCUUUCGUGUGAUAACUAUGGAACCUCGAUUGAUGUGUGGUCUGUUGGGUGCAUAUUUGGUGAGCUUCUUGGCAGGAAACCCCUCUUUCAAGGGUCCGAGUGCCUCAACCAGCUUAAACUCAUCAUCAAUGUUCUUGGUUCCCAACCCGAAGCUCAUCUCCAGUUUAUAGACAACUCGAAGGCCAAGAAAUUCGUUCGAUCCCUCCCAUUCUCCCGAGGAAUCCACUUCUCUUCUCUGUUCCCCCAGGCCGAUCCUUUGGCGUUAGACUUGUUGCAGCAGAUGCUUGUUUUUGAUCCAUCGAAACGAAUCACAGUUACAGAAGCUCUCCAUCACCCUUACCUUUCAGACCUUUACGAUCCGCUUCAUAACCUGCCUGCCCGCUUUCCUCUAAAUCUCGACAUUGAUGAGAGCAUUGGAGAACCCGUGAUUAGAGAGUUGAUGCUGAGAGAGAUGCUUUAUUACCAUCCCGAAGCUGCUUACGCAGACGCAUUUUACUAAUUCUUUUAAUUCAAGAAGAUGAAUAAGAAGAAGCCUGCAGGAUAUAUGAGGAGCAGAAGAGGAUUCUCUUAUCAAUCUCACCAAGUUUAGGACUUUGAAUGCAUCAUUGGAUGAUUCUGUUUAUCUUAGUGCUUGUUCUUUUCUUUUUUAAAAAAAAAUAAAAAAAAUCUAUGCAUUGUGUCAAUGAAUGUCUGAGAACCUUCUGUUGUAAUUCAUAGUUUUUGUAAUGACAGAUCAAUCUCUAACAUGUUAUUAAUGAGUAAUUUUCACUUCAAAUUAAUGACCA